GUCUGUGGUUCUUGUGGAAGGACUAUAGAUUGUGAGUCGUUUAUUCAAGCCCUUUCCAAAGAUUGGCACACUGAAUGUUUUCGGUGCUCAAGGUGUAAAAAAUGUCUACCAAAUUGGUAUUUUGAGAAAGAUGGUAGUUUAUUUUGUCAGUCAGACUAUUGGGCUAGAUUUGGUGAAUCAUGUAAUGGUUGUUCAGAUCUCAUAACAGGACCUGUCAUGGUGGCUGGAGAACAUCGUUACCAUCCAGAAUGUUUUAAAUGUGUUCAUUGUGAUAGUUAUAUUGGUGAUGGUGAAACAUAUGCUCUAGUAGAGAGAUCAAAACUAUUCUGUGGAACAUGUUACUCCAAAGUAAUGAAGCCAUUAUUGGCUGCAUCACCACGAAGACGGAAACCUCAUUCUAUACAACUAGUAGAAAUACCUCCUACCCCAGACAGAAAUCGUGGUGUACAGUUUACUAUGGAUAGACAGAGGAACUCAUCCUAUAGGGUUUCUAGAAACAGUGAUAUCUAUAGGAAAUCACCAGCCAUUAAAAUUACAGAUCUGGAUGUUAGUCCAGAUCUACAGGGUUUAAAGAUUGGUGAUCGUAUAUUAGAAGUAAAUGGUUUAAAUGUUAGAGAUAAAUCUGUAGAAGAUAUUGACACAAUAUUUAACAAUACCAAUGAAGUUUUACACAUAACAUUAGAACGUGACCCAUCACCAUUACGCCAUAGUUCAGAUAGUGAUAGUCCUACAGAUACAUCAUCACCUGAUCAAGUUAUCAUUGGUAAUACACCAGUUCAAUUACGUCCUAGAUCAUCUUUAAAAGCCAGGAAUCCAUCAAGAAGAAGAAGUAAAUCACCUUCCCCAUUACCCACUAAUAGAGCACUAAGUAUAGAUCUAUCGAGAUCUAGUUCCUUACGCAGUCAAACAGGUUCUCAUCGUGUCUUCAGAGUCAUUGAUCUAAUAAUUGGUGAUCUCCUUGGUCAAGGCUUCUUUGGACAAGCUUUUAAGGUAACACAUCGUGUAACAGGAGAAGUUAUGGUAUUAAAAGAAUUAUUUAAUUUUAAUGAAGAAGCUCAAAAAAAUUUCUUGAAGGAGGUUCAUAUGUUACGUAACCUAGAUCAUUCCUGUUUGUUGAAGUUUAUGGGUGUACUAUAUAAAGAUAAAAAAUUAAAUUUAGUCACAGAAUACAUCGGUGGGGGAACAUUACAAGAACUUUUAUUAGAUGAAAGUAAAGAAAUAACCUUAGUCAAUAAAAUAAAGUUUUUAAAAGACAUCUCUAGUGGAAUGAGCUAUUUACAUUCUAUGGAUGUUAUACAUCGAGAUCUCACAUCACAUAAUUGUCUGGUUAGAUUAAAUAAUACAGUAGUAGUUGCUGAUUUUGGUUUGGCAAAAAUAAUGUCUAAAAAUACAGAUAUGCCUUAUCCUGAUAUAGAACGAACACCAAAUAACAACUCUAGCUCAAACUCCAAAUAUAAACGUAAAACUAAGAAAAAGCGAUAUACUGUAGUUGGCAGCCCGUACUGGAUGGCACCAGAAAUGAUGUCUGGUAAAAUUUAUGAUGAAAGAGUUGAUAUAUUUUCUUAUGGUAUUAUUGUGUGUGAAGUGAUAAGUCGAGUGUCAGCUGACCCAGAUUAUCUGCCUCGUACCCUCGACUUUGGUUUAAAUAUGGAACUAUUUAAAAAGCAAUAUAGUGGAGAUUGUCCUGACACCAUGUUUAUGUUGGCUGCAUUGUGUUGUCAACUUGUUCCAGAAAAAAGGUAA